AAAAUAUAUUCAGGAAUAUGAAAAAACUCUCCAUACUAGAUUUUUCAGAAAACGAUUUGCGUUUUCUUCCACCUACUUUAUUCAUAGACCAGAAAGAAUCUUUGACAGAAAUAUGUCUUGACCACAACCGAUUUUUUAAUAUUCCGGACUCAUUAAGGUAUUUGCAAAAUUUGAAAAAUAUCUCUUUACGAAACAAUUUGAUAUCGGAAUUUACUAAAAAAGAUCAAAAUAUUUUUGAAACGCUGAAUAAUAUAUCACUUUACUUGGAAGGGAAUCCGAUUUCUUGUACUUGUUCUAGUUUUAAGUCUUUACUCUGGAUGAAAAAUAACAAGCAUCUCUUUGCUGACUUAAGUAGAAUCUCAUGUGCAGGAAGUAGAAAUUUAAUCGCUCACUUACUUUAUAAUGAACAAAUCUGGAGAAAAUUUCAACUAAAAUGUCAAACAGAAACCUGGCUCAAUUUCUCUGUGGUAUUAAUCGUGUUGACUUUAUCUAUACUUUUUAUAUCCUUUACGGUGCGGAAAUACCGGGUACAUGUGGAAUACGUCAUAUUAAGACUAAAAAAUAGAUGCAAAGAUGUGAGUCCAGAAAACAGAAAAAGUAAUUAUAUCUAUGACGUUUUUGUGUCAUAUGGUGAGGAGGACUAUGCCUGGAUUAUUCGUUAUCUGUACCCAAAAUUGGAAAGCUUAAAUACUAAGGCGUGGCUUAAGGACAGAGAUUCGAUUCCAGGAGAUUGGGAGGCAGAGGAGAUAGUUAAUUGUAUAAAUGAAAGUAGAAAAGUGCUGUUUGUGAUCACUGAAUGUUUUCUGGAGAGUGGUUGGGCCUCAUACGCCGUCCAGAUGACGGUUACUCACGCCUUUCACAACCAACGUCAGAGUUCCAUUGUUGUCGUCAUCAAAGACAAUAUACCAUUAGAGAGGCUCCCAAACGAUAUCAAAAAUAUAUGGUGGUGUAUUGAGUAUUUAAGAUGGUCUACAGAAGAUGAUAAUGAUGGCCUAAUAAAACAGAAGUUAUCAAAUUUGCUAAAACCAGUAGAUGCUUAAAUACCAAGACGGUAUAUAGAAGUAUUUAGUUGUAGAAUUAAAAAAUAAAAGAUGUACAUAUAUUAUAAAAUAUUUUAAUCAUUUUAUAUAUUUUGAAAGAGUUUGUUAACAAAUGAAAAUUAUUAGACAUGAACUGUGCCAUACAAAAUAUAUCUUCUGUGCAAUUAUAUUUGAGAACUUCUAAUGACAGAAGCGUUGCUCUUUUGUUAAUCUUCUGUUAUUUUUCCCAUGUGUCUCUUUAUUUAUUUUGUACUCUUUACUUAUAGAAAACAAAUUCUGCGAAUCUGUAUAUUUUUGUAUAUGACCAAAC